AUGGGCCACUGGCGGAGCAGCACGGUGGGCAACGUGUCCGCUGUGGACGGCGGUGACCUGUGUCGCCUGCGGGUCCCCAGCGCGGCCGCUGUGCAGAGGAGCCACUCGGACCUGGCCCGCCCCCAGCCCCGGGGCCACAGCGGGGCUCGGAGGGCCAGCCUCAGCUGCUCCGCCCUCGGCAGCUCGCCGGCCCACAGGGCGCGGGGGCAGCCCGGCGGCGCCUCUGGCCAGGGAGGCCAGGCCCCUGCCGGCCCGGAAGGGGACCUGGCUCCGGAGGACGGGGCGCUGAGCUCGGCCUGGACCCUGGGAGAGAGUCAGGUGUGGGCGUCACCAGGAGACCCAGGAGGCACACCCACCCACGGCAGCAGCCCCAAGGCCAAGCCCAAAGCCACCGGGCAGUCAGCCGCCACCUGCCGUGCUCUGCCCCCAGCAGCUCUGCCCUGUGACAUGAGGGAGGAGGGUACCCGAGGCUCCUGCCACGCUCUGCCUGCCCCGGGGGUCCUGGCCUUUCCCAAACUGGUAGCGUCAGUGAGUGAGUCUGGGCUGCAGGCUCAGCGUGGGCUGAAGGCCCCGUGUGGGUUACCCGGGGGGCAUCCUGGGCCUGCCCACUGCUGUGCUCAUCCCUGGGGUCCCACCGGCUCAGCUGUGGAGCCUGGCGUGAGGACCAAGGACGUGUGGACCAUGACCUCAGCUAGUGACCUGGCCCCAGUGCUGGUGUCCCCUCCGUCAGCCCAGGAUGCGGGCGUGCAGGCGGCCCCCGUGGCAGUGUGCAAGGCCGUGGCCACCAGCCCGCCCCUGGGAGUCCCGCUAGCCCUGCCCCCAUUCCCAGAGGUAGCUCUGGGCUCCGGGCUGGAGGAGGCGCCGUCCCCUGUGCGGGAUGUGCGGUGGGAUGCGGAAGGCAUGACGUGGGAGGUGUACGGGGCUGCACUGGACCCUGAGGUGCUUGGCGUGGCCAUUCAGAAGCACCUGGAGAUGCAGUUUGAGCAGCUGCAGCUGGCACCUGCCAGCGAGGACAGCCUGUCCGCCGAGAGCCGGAGGGGACCCCUGCGGGCUGUCAUGCAGUCGCUGAGGCGCCCCAGCUGCUGCGGCUGCCCCAGCGCAGCCCCAGAGUGA